AUGAGUAGCUCAAGCUCUAGUUCUGGCUCUGGCUCUCCUUGUGGAGCUUGUAAGUUCCUCAGGAGAAAAUGUGCAAAGGGAUGUGUGUUUGCUCCAUACUUUUGUCAUGAACAAGGAGCUUCACACUUUGCAGCCAUUCACAAAGUUUUUGGAGCAAGUAAUGCUUCUAAAUUGCUCUCUCAGCUUCCUGCUAGCGAUCGCUUCGAAGCAGCCAUUACAAUCUCUUACGAAGCUCAAGCUAGGCUUCAAGAUCCCAUCUAUGGCUGCGUCUCUCAUAUCUUUGCUCUCCAGCAGCAGGUUGUGAAUCUACAAGCACAACUUGAGAUUCUAAAGCAACAAGCCACACAAAGCAUGAUGUUUGCUGAUUCACCAUCAUCUGAAAACCCUAAUAGCUAUUAUGGAGACACUACUAAGAAUCCUUCUUAUCAUCAUGAUCAUCACCAAGAACAUCAAAAUAUUUAUCAACAUCAUCAUCAUCAUGAUCUGACCCAUCUAGUUAACCAAAUUGGAGGCUCAGGGAUGGAUGCAACGGCCAAUAGUUACCCCACGGACAACUCCUCGGCCAUUGGACAAUUCUCUAUCUGCCCUGAACUGGAACAACACUUAAACACUUUCAAUCAAGAUCAUCUCAAAGAGCUUCAAUCAGCAAAUUUUGGCUACAUAUCCUUCUCAUGA